AUGCAAGGUUGCGUGCUCCUUCCCGAAGAUGGCCAGCCACUGUGGUGCCAAGCUGCAGCCGGGGUCCCCGUGCAAUGACAUGCGCGGGUACUGCGACAUCUUUCACAAGUGUCGCCUCGUCGAGCCACGGGGUUUCUUGACCCGGCUGCAGGCGUUCUUCUUCGGUGGCGAAUCAGUGCACACCCUGUACGAGUUUCUCGCACACCAUCCUAUCGUAUCGUGCCUGGUGGUCCUCGGCUCUUCCUGGUUCAUGCUGCUCAUAUUUCGCUGCUUCGCUCUGCAUACGCCUAGCAACAACCCGCUGAAGAAGCCGCCCUUCAAGCUCAAGGACACACUGCGGCACCCUAUCAACACCCUCGUCAGCAGCUGACGAGGGCUGUGCUGCCGUCAUCAUACAGGGGAACCGCCACCGCGUCAACACGAAGUGGGACGCGUUGUUAAUGACUCCGUGAUGGAUCAAUAACGCCCUUCAAAGGCCUUGCCUUAUGCUGGGAUGUUCUUCAUUAUUAUUAUACUAGUUGAAUGUCUAUUUCAGGCAUUACAAUUCUCACAAGGUCUCCCCGAUUCGUGUAUGAUAUACUUUAAAUUUUACUCUUUGUGAAAUUGGAGCCUAAGAUUAGUAGUUCUAUGAGCUUCGGAAUGAAC